AUGGACGCCUUCACCAAGCCGAAGCGUCCGCGCCAAGCCGACGACCGUCUGAGCGCGCUGCCGGACGAACUCCUGCGCGCCAUCCUGUCGCGCCUCAAGGCCCUGCAGAUGGCCCAGACGUGCGUGUUGUCCACAAGGUGGAGGAGCCUCUGGCGCGCCGUGCCGUGCCUCCACAUCGACGACGGGGACUUCACCAGCGGGCCGCCUUACUUCCAGAACUUCACCACCAACCUUCUGCGCAGCCAUAGUGUCGCGCUCCUGGAAGACUUCCGGCUGCACGCGACCUGGGAGCGUUGGGAUUGGGAUUUGGUCCGCAGCACCAUCCUCCAAGAUAUUGGUACAUCAUCAUGGCCUUGCCGGCUCAAAAUCUUGCGUCUGUCCAACCUUGAUGAUCUGAACCUGAAUGAUCUUGCGAGCCACAUCAAUUCCCGCUGCCCUGCUCUGGAGGAGGUGCGACUGGAAAACUGCUACUUCUUGACCACCGGCAAUGUCAAGAUCGCCUCCUCCUCACUCAAAAAAUUGGUCAUCGACUUCAACUACGAUGAGGAUGGUGAUGAUAUUUUUGCCUUCAUCAUAGAGGCCCCUGCUCUUGUUUCUCUUCGCCUGACGGCGGACGAGCUUGCUUGGAUCCUUGAUACCACCGAACCACAUACAAUGCCAUCUCUUGUCGAUGCAUCCAUCCAGCUUGAUUUCUAUUUCGCUACAACUGCACACGAAUCAUAUAAGAAUACUGUUUCAUUACAUGAAAGCAACAAGUUCAAGGUUUUCAAGUACGGGGGCAUCUUCGACUCAUACGUGAACUAA